AGGUUUGUAUGCAUAUUUUAGUUCUGUCUUUCUUCUUUUCCAUCUUCCGUAGCAUUUAAUUAGUAGAGUAGGUAGAUGUAGGCUUGUUUGAGGAGGUGUUUAUUUUUUAGGUGGUACUGCGGUUUUUGGUGCUAAUUUUCUAGUGGGUCAUCGACGAGAUGACUUCUAACAAUUCACAUAUUCCCAGUGGCACUGGUGAUAUUGAGCAAGUCUACACUGGUAGUGGCGGAAAUAGAAAUUUUCUUCGGCCCAUACAUCCCACGCAUAGUCCUGGACAGCCUGGCAUUUGUUUAACUCCUGGCAUGCUGUAUAAUCAGCAGCAGCAUUCACAACAACAACAACAGCUUAAUAAUUCUAUUGGAAAUGCAACUUUUCUUCAUCAGCAGCAACAACAACAUUCCGUCGUCGCGGCAGCAUAUGCCCCAUACCAGCAACAGUAUGCCAACAGCAAUAAUUCGAAUACAUUUAACAACAAUCCAACCACCAGCAGUAGCAGUAAUGCUCCAGGGGGACGAUUUGCGGCGAUGCGUGGGUCUGGGUCUGGUCUGCUUGGUUCUGGAGAUAAUGGACUUCUCGGUGCUGGGGGUGAGAGGAUGAGCGGUUCCUCGGGAGUCUUAUCAGCGGCACAAAUGUUGCUCAAUGGAGUUCAGUCAGUACAAAAUGUGAACGUGAGCAAUAAUUGCAUUCAGAUUUCUACUGAGUCAAGUACAGGAAUUAGAGACGUGUGGAGUUUCAAUUUAAGGGAAGAAUUUCGCCAAAUUCGUUCACUUUCAAGGAAUGGUUACAACUAUGUAGCGGUCGAUACGGAGUUUCCAGGAGCUCCUGUUCGACCAGUUGGGACAUUCGAGUCGCCCUCAGAAUACCAAUAUCAAACUAUUCGUGUAAAUUGCAACUCUCUACGACUAAUUCAGCUUGGCUUCACUCUGCUCGACGAGUGUGGCAAUCUUCCACCAGGCGUUUGCACUUGGCAGUUCAACUUUAAAUUUAGUUUGUCUGACGACAUGUAUGCGAAUGACAGUAUUGAACUCUUGCAGUCAUCUGGGAUUCAGUUUCAUCGGAUGGAAUCUGACGGAAUCGAUCCUUUCACGUUUUCAGAAUUGUUAUACAGUUCUGAUCUAGUGUUGAAUGACGGUGUACGAUGGAUAUCCUUUCAUAGUGGAUACGAUUUUGGAUACAUGUAUCGUCUUUUAAGAGAUCAGCCAGUUCCACCUGAAGUGGGCGAUUUUUUCGACAUUUUAAAAUUGUUCUUCCCAUUUCUUUACGACGUUAAGUACCUCAUGAAAAGCUGUCGAUCCUUGAAAGGUGGAUUGCAAGAAUUGGCCGAUGAGCUUGGAGUGACUCGUCUUGGUCCGUCCCACCAAGCUGGCAGUGACUCGCUCUUGACUGGUCUGGCUUAUUUCAAAAUGCGUGAGAUGUACUUUGAAAAUAUGAUUGAUGAUGAAAUGUACAAUGGUCGUCUUUUCGGAUUGACUGGCACAUACUAUCCAUCCGAUGAAGGGGACACUGUCUUCUAUCCUCUCCCUCCUGACGCCGUCGUCAUCAAUGCAGGAAAGCCAUUUGUGGAUCCUACUGCUACAAAACCUAGUAGUAGUACUUUUGUUCCAGCAGAAAAAGAGCAUCAAGGAGAGUCUCAACCACAAACCGAAAAAAAUGAAGCUAUUACUUCUACAACCACCACUAUCACCACUAUUACAAGUGGAGUAGGAAAGUCCAAAAAGAUUAAUACUGAAGAAAAACCAAAGGAACAUUAAGUUAUGGAAAUUUAAAUUGAAACGAAAGGUCUUGGUCAGGGGCCAAGUCGAACGAAAUAAUAUUUAUAUCCUGACUGAAAUGUACUGAAAACUAGUGAAAACUACAAUCCAAAUAUUGUAAGCAAUAAGUCUUAUCUCGUAUAUAGGAAACCCGUCCAAAUAGCAAAAAAGAUUGAUAAUCAAUCUGGUCAAACAUACUUAGCUGUGCUAAACCAAACUUUCAAGAGCUUUCAAUUAUUGUUAUUUAACUAUUAUUAUAAUUAUUGUCACAUUUCUUUAUUCAAGUCAGUAAAUAUGUGUGUUCGAUUAUUAUUAGGCGUUCCUCAACUGCCGGUUAAGUCAUUACAAAUUAUAUUUUUUGUCAAUCUCAAUAUUGAGUAUUAUUUUUGUAUUAUUACAUCCAAUUAAUUCAUGGUCAAUUAAGACUGAUUAUCAUUAGUAGUAACUAAAAGUCUGAAAUACUGUAUGCAACAAGAUUGCCUAAGACGUAAAUUAUUUAAAUAAGACAACUAGUUUUUCAUGAAAUCGUUAAAACUAAUUUAUGUAAAAAGUAUUUUUCACAAAUUUUGUACUAACGAUGAGUUUAAUUCCAAAGCUAUCACAGUAGUCGGUGCUAAAAUGUAUCAAAUCUAACGAAUGAGCUUAGAUUUAUCUGGUUCAUAUAUUUUGUUACUAUAAAUUAAUUAUGUACAGGACUUUGAAACCUGCAAAGUGAUAAUUCAAUCUUGCAAUAUGAAUAAAGGCCUCAUAAAAUUUACUGGCGCUUUUCAUAA